CACCGUCGCCACCAUGCCCAAGAGAAAGGCUGAAGGGGAUGCUAAAGGAGAUACAGCCAAGGGGAAGGAUGAGCCCCAGAGAAGAUCUGCAAGGUUAUCUGCUAAACCUGCUCCUCCGAAGCCAGAGCCCAAACCUAAAAAGGCCCCUGCAAAGAAGGGAGAGAAGGUACCCAAAGGGAAAAAGGGGAAAGCUGAUGCUGGCAAGGAUGGGAAUAACCCAGCAGAAAAUGGAGAUGCUAAAACAGACCAGGCACAGAAAGCUGAAGGUGCCGGAGACGCCAAGUGAAGUGUGUGCAUUUUUGAUAACUGGGUACUUCUGGUGACUGUACAGUUUGAAAUACUGUUUUUUAUCAAGUUUUAUAAAAAUGCAGAAUUUUGUUUUACUUUUUUUUAAAGCUAUGUUGUUAGCACACAGAACACUUCAUUGUUGUUUUGGGGGAAGGGCAUAUGUCACUAAUAGAAUAUCUCUGAAGCUAGACUGAUUCAAGGGGAAAAACACCAUUCCCUUCUAGUUCUGAGAAACUU